CCUGGAGAUUUGUGGCUUCAGCCAGGAACUGGGUUGCAAGCAGCUGCCUGCCAUGGCAAAAGGUUGCAAACUCCUUGCCUAAGAGAGAGUUUAGGAGGUCAGGCUAUGAUGGAAGGACUGUUCAGAGAUGGAGAAAGGACAAAAUAUGUGGAACCAGGAGUUUGGUGAGGUCCUUUGGAACAAAUAUGGAGAAGCAGGAAGGAAUAAGGGUUGCCAACAAAUUAGAUAUUGCCUGCUCUUGAAAGCUGCAGGAGUUGGGGACCUACUGCUUUUAAAAUGUCAGCACUCGGCAGCGAUUGCCCACACUUGGAAUCAGUUGGUGAAAUAACAAAAGAAGAAUUGAUACAAAAAUCUCAUGGCACUUGUCAAGACUGUAAAGUCAGAGGACCAAAUCUUUGGGCAUGCUUAGAGAAUAGAUGUUCAUAUGUUGGCUGUGGUGAAUCCCAUGUAGAUCACAGUACCAUCCAUUCUCAGGACACACAGCACUGCCUAACAGUCAACCUUACUACCCUCCGUGUCUGGUGUUAUGCAUGUAGCAAAGAAGUAUUUCUGGAUAGAAAAUUACGAACUCGUUCUCCAUUACCAAAUGCAAGGUUAUCUCACCAAGCACAAGAAAAUAGUGUACAGGAUUUUAAAAUACCUGGUAAUCCAACACUGAAGAUUCCUCUAGUUGCUGUAUUUGAUGACUUGGAUAUCGAGGUGGAAGAAGAUGAACUGAGGACAAGAGGUCUUACUGGUUUGAAAAAUAUAGGAAACACUUGUUACAUGAAUGCAGCUUUACAGGCUCUUUCCAAUUGUCCGCCUUUGACACAGUUUUUUCUCGACUGUGGCGCCUUAGCUCGAACGGAUAAAAAACCAGCAAUUUGUAAAAGUUACCUCAAGCUGAUGACAGAACUUUGGCACAAAAGCAGACCUGGUUCCAUUGUUCCUACAAAUUUGUUUCAAGGAAUUAAAGCCGUAAAUCCAACAUUCCGAGGCUACUCCCAACAGGAUGCACAAGAAUUUCUGCGCUGUUUAAUGGAUCUGCUUCAUGAAGAGCUGAAGGAACCAGUCAUGGAAAUAGAAGAUGUCCACCCUACAAGUGUAGAAGAAAAUAUGGAAGAAGACAAAAGCCAAUCAGAUCUGGAUUUCCAGUCUUGUGAAUCUUGUAAUAGCAGUGAUAAGGCAGAAAAUGAAGCCAGUUAUAAACCCCUCAUGGAAGACCCUGCAGAGUCUGCUAUGUUAAUUCAGGAUGAUGAAAACCACUCUCUUGUAUGCAAAGAUUGGCAGAAGGAAAAAAUUCUCUGUAAUAAGCUUAACCGAACAAAUUCUAUGGAAGUCUUAGAGAAAGACACGCACAGUACUUCAGAAACUGCUGAAUUUUUAAACAACCAAGGAACAGUUAAAGUACAAAUACACAGCAGACUUUCAGACUAUGCCUCUGGUGAUGUCCACACAAAUGAUCUGUCUGCAGCACAAAGUCCUCCAAAAUCAGUCUCAUCAUGGUCCCCAUUGGCACCAUCCCACAAAGAGUGUGAAGAGGCCAAGCUGUCAGCAACUCCAUCUUCCCCUCCAGCUAUGUCUGUGAGAGGAUUAUGCAUGCUGAGCACAACAAUCUUUGUUCCAUGUGUGUCUUCUCCAAAAAAGAAGAAGCAGAAGCGAUACAGGAGUAUUAUAUCUGACAUAUUUGAUGGGACCAUCAUAAGCUCAGUGCAGUGCCUGACUUGUGAUCGGGUGUCUGUCACUCUGGAGACUUUUCAGGAUUUGUCUUUGCCUAUUCCAGGCAAGGAAGAUCUUGCUAAACUGCAUUCUGCAAGCCAUCAGACUUCUCUGGUCAAAGCAGGGUCAUGUGGAGAAGCAUAUGCCCCACAGGGGUGGAUAGCAUUUUUCAUGGAGUACAUUAAAAGCUGGUUUUGGGGUCCAGUUGUAACCUUGCAAGAUUGUCUUGCUGCCUUUUUUGCCAGAGAUGAGCUCAAGGGUGAUAAUAUGUACAGCUGUGAAAAGUGUAAAAAGUUAAGAAAUGGAGUGAAAUUCUGCAAAGUGCAAACAUUUCCUGAGAUACUAUGCAUUCAUCUCAAAAGGUUUAGACAUGAGCUAAUGUUUUCCACGAAAAUUGGUACCCAUGUAUCAUUUCCUCUGGAAGGACUUGAUCUUCAGCCUUUCCUUGCCAAAGACAGCCCCACUCAAAUAGUGACCUACGAUCUCUUGUCUGUCAUCUGCCACCAUGGAACUGCAAGCAGUGGGCAUUACAUAGCUUAUUGUCGAAACAAUUUAAAUAAUCUCUGGUAUGAAUUCGAUGACCAGAGUGUUACAGAAGUAACAGAAUCUACAGUACAAAAUGCCGAAGCUUAUGUUCUCUUUUACAGAAAAAGCAGUGAAGAAGCACAGAGAGAGAGACGGAGAAUAUCAAGUCUGUUGAAUAUGAUGGAACCAAGUCUUCUGCAGUUCUACAUUUCUAAACAGUGGCUGAAUAAAUUCAAGACCUUUGCAGAGCCAGGACCCAUUUCAAAUCAUGAUUUCCUCUGUGUGCAUGGAGGUGUCCCUCCACGUAAAGCUACCUUUAUAGAGGACCUGGUACUAAUGCUACCUCAGAACAUAUGGGAUAACCUGUACAGCAGGUAUGGAGGAGGACCAGCUGUUAACCAUCUGUAUAUUUGUCAUACCUGCCAAAUAGAGGCUGAGAAAAUUGAGAAAAGACGGAAGACUGAAUUAGAAAUGUUUGUUCGGCUCAAUAGAGCAUUCCAAGAAGAAGAAUCUCCAUCUACUUUUUACUGCAUCAGUAUGCAGUGGUUCAGAGAGUGGGAAGGAUUUGUGAAGGGCAAAGAUAGUGAUCCUCCAGGUCCUAUUGAUAACACCAAGAUUGCAGUUACUAAGUGUGGAAAUGUUACACUUAAACAAGGAGCCGAUUCUGGGCAGAUUUCUGAGGAAACAUGGAAUUUUCUGCAGACAAUCUAUGGGGGAGGACCAGAGGUUAUACUUCGACCACCUGUGGCACCAGUAGAACCUGACAUUUUGCAAACAGAAGAGAAGAUUGAAUUAGAGACUCGUGGUCUGUAGCCUUCAGCAUGAAGAUGAAUUUGUAAGGGAUGCAGUAUCCUUUCCGCUUGCCCAAAAUACAUUCCAGAACAUUUUUGUGUUUGAUGUUUUCUGUCUAGAAAAGGGGCAGCUCCAUUGGGCAUUAUGUUAUUUAGGGAAGAAUGAGUUGAAAUUUGUAAUAUAAAUUGUUAAAAGAAAUGUACUUUGAAACUGUUCAAACAGACUAUUUCUCUAAAGUUUUGGAAGGCGUAUGGCUUGUAUAUUUUGGAGCGUUUGGUCAAUGGAAAAUAUGUUAAUGUUCAACUUUUUGUUAAGUGUUAGACUUACGACAUUCUUCCGACUUGGAAAACUGAAAUGAAGGAUUUUUAAAAAUGCUUUUAAAUAACCCUAUAAUUCCUGAUGAGAGAUUUCUGAUAUUUACAAAAUGCAGUGUGUUUUAGUUAUAUAGUUUUGACAAGACAAGUUUAAAAAAAAAAAAAAAAGGGGAGGCAUAUUUUAAAUGGAUCACAAGUUAAAAUGGAGAAAAAGGAUACUAACUUCCUAAACACUCAGGAAAAAAUAGGUGUCACUUUUUUUUGCACUGCAGGGUAUAAUAUGAGUAGCAUAAAACUUCCAAAUGCUUUUCUUAUCUGAAUGUAUCAAAUAUUAGCCUAGAUGAAAUUUGUUUUGGUUGAUCAGCAAGUGUCAUAAUUUAUUGCCUACUAAAAUAUAACUUAUAAUAAGGCUGCUGUACAUGAGCCUGGCUAAUAUUUCCAGUAGUAUCAGUGAUGAAAAAAACUUAAUCUUUACAAUAACUCAUUUGAGAGCAUGAAGUGUGGAAUGUAAAUGAUUGUAGAGAUGAGACCGAUGCACACUUGAGAAAUUAAAUUGUCUAGUCUUUUUUAAUUAAAUGCAUAAACAGUUCCUUCUGAGGGAUUUUGUUACAUAGUUUCCAAACACUCGUUGGCAUGACAACUUGUGAUAUCAGAAGAUGGAUAAAAUAUAUUUCAAAACCUUGCUAGAUGACUUAGCUUGAUGCUGAAUGGCACUCUAUCCUUUUUAUUUUUUUUGGUCCUGCUUAGUAUUGCUACCAGCUAAGCAACAUAAUUCAAAGCUGGUUCAAUAAAAAUGACCUUGAAAACUGAAAACUUUCUCUUGUGAGUUGAAUUGAUUUCUUAAGGGAAAUGUGAAAAUUUGUCAAGUAAUGCUGUAGUAUAGAUCUUGCAUGUCUAUCAAGUGCUCUUUGAAGGUUCUCCAUUUUAAGGAAAUUUUGUUUCCAGGUCAGAAGAUGCAGCCACCUCUCUCUCUGGCUCACUGCUGAGAAAAUGCUGCUUUAAGGUGCUGGGAAGGCACUCUGUUUUUUACAGCUGUCCUGACUUUCACUGAUGAUUGAAUUUGUGACAGGGGAAUUGGAAUGCUUCACUGUGGUGGCCUAAGUAAAUUCUGCUUACCUACAAUAUUUCUAUAUUUAGAUAAUGUUUUUCUUUCUUCUGACCUAAAGUAAAGUUUAGUUUUGCUAUAUGUGCAGUUCAGUUGUGGUUCCAUUUCAGUGCUGGCUAAAAUAAACCCUAUGAAUCAUGCAAUUUAAUUUUAUAUAGAUAAAAUACCAUAUUCACUUGAAUCCAAAACAAGGUUUUUUCCCAUUCAGUAUGGUGGGGUAGGGGUAGAAAGUGCCUGUGGCUGUGGUUCUGAUUCUGACCCUGUGCUCUGUAUCAGAGUUGGAGCCACAGCUGCUGCUCCCCCACCCUACUUCCCCCAGCCUCUGCUCCUCCCUCCCUCCUCUGCUCCCUUUUACCUCCUUCUCCCCCAACUCCCUCUACCCUACCACUGCUGCUUACCCUGCUACUUUUGUCAUGCAAUGGUGGUGGCAGCAGCAGCUUCAUCUUUGACCUGGGGCUGGGGCACAGCUGCCACUGUCACAACCACUGCUACCUGGCUGGGUGGGAACUGGAGUCGGUAUGUACACUAUGCCCUGGGCCAGAGUUAAAGCUGUGAUGGGAGGGUAAGGGGUAGGGAGCAGGUGGUGUUGGAGGCAGCCAGCUGGGGUUGGGGAGGGAGGACAGGUGCCAGGGAUGCAGACAGUAUGGGGCAUGGAGCAGGCACCAGGGAGUGCAGGCAGUGUAACAGGUGGGAGAGGGGAAAGUGGUUGAUGGGGGUACAUAGGCAGUGCAGGAGAGGAGGGGGAAGGGGCAGGUGGCAGGGACCAAGGAGCAGGAGGGCGCAGGAACCACAGGAGGAGCGCACACAGGGUGUGCAGGCACCAAGGGAAAGAUGGGCGGGUGGAGUGCGGGGAACGUGUGGCAAGGGCAGGAGUUAGGUCACUUUUGUCCUUGGCUGGAGUCAUGGGGGGGCGCGGAUUUAAGUCAAACCUCCAAAAUCAAAUUAUAAACCUGUAAAAUUAUAACACAUUUAUAAUUUAAAUAUUUUCCAUGUCUAGAACCUUAUUAUUGGGAGGUCAUCUUAAAUUUGAAAUUAUCUUGGAUUCAGAUAAAUAUGAUGUAUAGGAAUUAAUAAAGCAUUUUAAAAUUCUUUGGAAUUAAACAUGUAGAAAAGUAAAGUCCUGGUGAUGUGCUUAAAAAAAACACUCCUAAAACGUGCAAAGUAUUUGUACAUGUUGCUAAAACAUGAUUUAAAAGAUUCAGCACCAGAUUUUGAAUUGCCAUUGUAGCAAUGCUAAGAGAUCACUUUGCAGAACCCUCAUUAGCUCCCAGGCAGUUGUUAGAGAUUUUUCUGGAAUCAGAGUAGAUUGUACUGCCUUGCAGCUUCAGUUUGAUCGAUAAUUACAUGCUUUGUUGGAUUUCUGUUCUGCACCUGUCUCUCUCUUCAUGUCACUUCCUACAGGAAAAAAAAAGCUUCUGAGAGAGUCAACUGGGGAGGUAGAUUGAAGGAGUUCUGUUUUGAGUGUGUUCAUUGUAGUUUUGGUGAUGCCAAGUAGUUAAAUGCCAGGUAGUUAAAUGUAGUUAAACAUUUUCUGUCAUUUUCACCCUCAAAAUAAAGUUGUCUUACAUUUCAGGUACAGUUGGACAGGUGAUAGCUUGAGGAUGGGAAACUCCUUUCUAACAGUUAAUACAAGCUACAAAGAAGUCCUAGUUUUUUUUUAAUCCUCCUCAAAACUAAGGCAUUCUGGCCAAGGAAGCAGGGUGUGGUUGCUCUUUAUAUGCAUUUUACCUUUUUAUUCUCUGAAAUCUAUUGCUUUAUUUUGCUAAUUAUAUUGAGGUUAUUCAAAUUUCUACACAGCUUUUAUAGCUUAUUAUUCCAACCGAAUCUACAUCCCUAUGCUCCCAUUACAGACAACCAAAUUUCUAUGAUUUUUAUUUAAUAAAUUAGCCUUAGAAUAUACCUUGGUCUGUUCUGCCCAAUUUAAAUCAUUAUUGUAGUGAAUAUGACUGUGACCUGCCAUGAUAUAAGAGUUACCUGUCCUUCCUGGUCAGGUGUGCUUCAAGGGCAGUAUGAGUUCAGGGAGAACACACUUAAGGGAGACCUCAGCUUGGACUGUCUGAUGUACCCAGGAAAAGAGCAUAGGCAACCUAGGACAGAACAGCAGCAGCAUCGCAGGGUUGUAGGGGUAAGACCCAAACACACAGGUCCCAAUCAGAGUGAGGCAGUCAUGUGAUGUCUUGACUUCAGUAAGGCUCUUGAUACUGUCCUGCAUGACAUUUUUGUAUGAAUUAGGGAAAUAUGGUGUCAGGUCAACAACCUACAGCUCUGAGCCAUCUAUGAUUUGAUCCAGCCCAUGGGGCUGGGAUGGAGUUUGGUAGCAUUUUUGCAGGGAGGCACUUUGCCCAUUUGGUGGCAGCACAGACAGGGCAAGCAAGGGUGGUGGCAGCAGCACAAGCUGGGUUAAAAGCAGACCACCCUUGGAGUUAAACUCCAUUAAAGCACUCCUGCCCCCAUAUCCUGGGGGUACACAGUGCUUUACUAAGGAAUAUGUGCUUAAAUAUGAAUAAUGAUUGACCAGUGACAUUGCCACAUGUUGACCUUGAUAUAAGGCCAAAAAAGUUUGAAAACCACUGCUCUAGAUGGUAGCAUGACUAGAGGUGGGCAAUGGGGCACAAGCUCUGGGCACCGUUUUAGAGCUGGGGGGGCAAGUGGCAAUAAUGGCAGCUGCUGCCACUGCCACAGUUCCUAUGCAGGGAACAAAACUUCCUAGUUAUACCUCUGGAUGCACAGUUGGCUGUGGACAAGGUAGGGGGAGCACACUGAAUACUUACCAGUAUUUCAUUGUCAAACUGGGAUUAUACUUCAAGGUGGGCCCCACAGGGAUCUAGCUUGGCUUAUUCAGUAUUUUUGUUAAUAACUUUGAUGGUGGAAGAGAGAAUAUGCUUAUAAAAUUCAUAGAUUGCACUAGGCUGGGAAGGGCUGCAAGUACCCUACAAGAUGGGAUCAGAAUUAAAAAUGAUUUUUUGUUGGAUAGAGAAUCUAAAACUCAAGACAAAAUUCAAUAAAAUGAAAAGUGCUACACUUGAGAAAUACAUAGAAACAAUAGGGGAAAUAAGUGGCUGAGCAGCAGCAUAGUAGAAUAAUAGGUCAUAGAUUGAAUUUGAAUCAAUGCAAUUCUGUUGUACAGAAAGCAAAUCACCUCCUUUGGAUGUAUUAAUAGAAGUGAUGCAUAUAAGACACAGGAGGCAAUUAUUCUGCUCUACUUAACGCUGGUGAAGUAUCAGAUGCUGUGUUUUGGGCACAGCAGAUUGAGAGAGGUAGACAAAUUGAGGAGAGUCUAGGGAAGGGCAGCAAGAAUGAUAGGUUUACAAAGUGUGACCUUUGAGAAAAGUUAGGAAGCACUGGAUUUGUUUAGUCUAGAAAAAGGGAAGACUGAAAUGAGAUGAAACUAUCUUCCAGUAUGCAGAAGCUUGUAUAGAGAUGGUGAUCAGUUUUGUUCUCCCUGUAUGGAGAGACUGGCUUAAUUUGUAGCAAAUGGGAUUUAGGCUGGGUGUUCACUCAUUUUAAGGGUAGCAAAACCCUGAUAAGUAGAUGUUGGAGAUUUUUAAGAACAAGUUAAACAAGCAGCUGUUGCUGAUUGACCAGAUGUGCUUUAGUCUGCCUCAGUGUCAGGGGCUGGGCUUAGAUUACUUUUUAAGGAUCCUUUCAGUCCUACCUCAUUUCUGGCAGGAGUCUGCCUGCACACAGAGACAUUAUCAGGAGUGACUCUGGGAAAUGGAAAAUCAGAGCAAUUGGGGAGCUUAAGUGUGAACAACCCAUAUUAUAGGUAACAAGGCAAAAAUGGAGGGAGGUCAUCUCAAUACCGUCGCCUUGAGAAAACACCAAGGGAGGAGUUAAGGAACUGGGCUGGGAAGCCCAGGAAAGCAAGCGAAGGGAUUCUAGAAAAAUCACUUGGAUUCUGUUCCCCCUAAUGGCUGGGGGAGGACUUCAAUUUUUGCCCAGAGGUUUAAACACCCUCCUUACAUACAAGUUCACAGAAGUCCAUCAGAAAGGGAAAUAGGAAAUAAAUUUGUUGUGAUGCCAGAUCAGGUAAGCUGCUGUUUCAAACUGGACCUGUGGUGAGUGAGAUCCUGAACUACUAUGAUUAGGCCCUAGAAAAUAAGUAGUUCUCUCUGAAGGAAAAUGCAGUGGAAAAAUAAGAGGGGAGGAGGGAAGGUUUUUAAUCCCCUAAAGUUUAAACAUUGAUCCAAAUUCAGAUCUUUGUAGGGACUGUGGUUAACUAGGGAGUGACCUUUGGGCAGUAGGGGUGGUAGGAAGGAGUGGUUAUGAAAAUUGGAUUCAUAAUACAAAAGUCACUUGGCUGUGCUGGGCGGGGAGGUAUCAGGAUUCAAAUUAUGCAAGCACGCGCGUGCGUGCACACUCUCUCUCUCUCUCUCUCUCUCUCUCUCUCUUUCUCUGGGAUGAAGGAUCCAUAUCUAUAAUUUUCUUUAAAAAAAACAAUGGGCUUGAAGAAGCUUCAGGAGAUUGAAAUUAAAUGAACUGCUAUCAAAAUAAGACAUUUUCGGAAAAAUAAGACAUUUCAGAGAGAAGACCUAAUUAGUCCUUGGUUUAACAAAGCGAGUAAACAAAGCUCCUAUUGACCUUGGUGUAAGCAAAAAUCAUAGUUAAUUUAGCAGGGAUUUUUUUUCUGUCCCCCCAAAACUGAAUGUGCAAUGAAACAAAUCACCAAGACAGUUAUAUUUGCUAGUAGCUCCUUGUUCUACAGGAGUAGUUCAGAAGGCUGUCUAUCCAAAUACUGUCCAAACUAGCCUCCAAAAGGCAAAAGGGGUGUUUGAUAAAUGUCGCAUCUAGAACAGACUUUUUAUGAAUGCUAUUAACAAUUUUAAAAUUCUCUGCGCCAGUACCAUGCCUCUUGUUCAGCUGAAUAUUAUUGUCUUCUCUUAAUUGCCUUAACCUUCUUAAUGACAAAUUUUUAAUUUUGUGCUGGAAAUGUUUGUCGUUGUGGAGGAAAAUUUGCAAUAAAAGCAAUCAUCCACUGAAAGGUUGCACCCUCAGCUUCUAGGCAAUAAACCUUAAAAGCAUUCAGUCAUUGCAACAUGCUAGUUAAAAAGCACAAAAACUUUACAGCAUAGCUACAGCUUCCAGUUGAUGAGAACUAAUGUCACGCACAAUGUAAAUAAAGUGAUCAGGAAAUGCCAAGAUGGGUCACUAUGAAAGAAAUGGAUGAAUAUUUAUACUUCUUGCAUUCAAAUGUAAAAAAGUGUUGCAGACCAGGACUCUGGGCUUUGACUUAGUUGUUUCCAAAAUGUAAUUUUUUUGUUAUACAACUUUGCGUUUAGAACUAGAAAUCAGAUGGAUUGGUAAGAACAGACUGAAUAGGAAUGUUUUUACAGAGCUAUUAUUUUAGUGAUGGAUGUAUAGAAUGCAUAUACUAAUAAAAAGUGAGACCUUGAGAAAAUAA